GUGCUCGCGGGUUGCUGCGGUGUAAAGAUGGCUGUGCGGAUCAGACCCGCUGUGAGCUGCGCUCCGCUCGCGCUUUCUGCGUCCCGCUGACGUCCCGGCGCGCGCGGAGUCCGGUAACGGGUUUAACGGCCGAGGCUCACGGUCGCUGCGGGUUUUCCCCGGUACUGUCGGGCUGCUGAAUUCCCGUGGGCUGUUUCUCGGAGCGUUGCUCGCCCUGCGCGCUGGUUAGCAGGCUGGCUAACCCCACAGGUGUAAAUAUUAGCUGGCUAAGCUAAGCUAAGCUAGUUAGUACCUAGCCCGCUGGCUGGCGGCUGUUCCCCCGGAGCUCGCCGGCCGCGCGGCCCGCUGUCAUGGCCACCAUGGAGAAGCUGAUGAAGGCCUUCGAAUCGCUGAAGUCGUUCCAGCAGCAGCAGGGCCCGCUGUCAGCCGAGGAGCUCGUCCAGAAACAGAAAAAAGAUCUAGCCACGACCAAAAAGGACAGAGUGACUCAUUGUUUGACGAUAUGCGAGAACAUCGUAGCACAAUCUCUGAGGACUUCUCCAGAGUUCCAGAAACUUCUGGGCAUCGCAAUGGAAAUGUUCCUGCUGUGCAGCGACGAUAAGGAGUCCGAUGUCAGGAUGGUAGCAGAUGAGUGCCUGAACAAAAUUAUUAAAGCAUUAAUGGAUUCAAACUUGCCUAGACUGCAGCUUGAGCUGUACAAAGAGAUUAAAAAGAAUGGUGCCUCUCGGAGUUUGCGGGCAGCCCUGUGGAGGUUUGCAGAACUCGCUCAUCUAGUGCGUCCACAGAAAUGCAGGCCGUACCUGGUGAAUCUUUUACCAUGCUUGACCCGGAUCACUAAGCGCCAGGAGGAGACGGUACAGGAGACACUGGCCGCCUCAAUGCCCAAAAUUAUGGCAGCACUCGGACACUUCGCUAAUGAUGGGGAGAUCAAGGUGCUUCUGAAAGCCUUUGUGGCAAAUCUGAAGUCCAGCUCUCCCACUAUCCGGCGCACAGCGGCCAGCUCUGCUGUCAGCGUGUGUCAGCAUUCGCGUAGGACAAACUAUUUCUACACUUGGCUCCUCAACGUGCUGCUAGGUCUCGUGGUUCCAGUGGAUGAGGAGCACUCCAGCCACCUUAUUCUGGGUGUGUUACUGACACUGCGCUACUUGAUGCCCCUUCUGCAGCAGCAGGAUGCGAGCACCAGCCUGAAGGGCAGCUUUGGUGUCAUGCGAAAAGAGGCAGAAAUCUCCCCGACACCUGAACAGCUUAUACAGGUGUACGAGCUGACGCUACACUACACACAGCACCAUGACCAUAACGUGGUGACUGCUUCUCUAGAGCUUCUGCAGCAGCUGUUCCGUACACCUUCUCCUGAGCUCCUCCACACACUCAUAACUCCCGGGAGCAUCGCAUGCACCAGUGUCUUCAGAGAGGAAACGUUAAGCCGCACUCGAAGUGGAAGCAUCGUUGAGCUUAUUGCUGGAGGGUCAACAUCCAGUCCUCUCAUCCUCAGAAAGCAGAAAGGGAAGAUUCUGUCAGGGGAAGAAGAAGGUCUGGAGGAUGACCCGGAGAGGGCAGAGGUCACCACAGGGUCUUUUUCAGCCUCUGUGGGUGGAGAAAGCUCCAGCGAUGCCCCCUCCUCCUCUGGUGUGUCCUCCCUCGGUCCGGCUGACAUCAUCACCGAGCAGCCACGUUCUUCCCAGCGUACUCUGCAGCCGGGCGAUUCAGUGGACCUGAGCGCGUCCACGGAACAGGGUGGUGGGCCUGACACCCCAGAUGAGGAAGACGAGGAGGACAUGUUGAGCCGCAGUUCAAGCGGCACUGCCGGAGCCAUCGGCGCCUCCGGUGACCUGGUCACCGAGUCCAAUCCGGCUUCAGCGCGGCCGACAUUGUCCUCGCCACCCAGCGACAGCUCCCAGACCACCACGGAGGGGCCGGACUCCGCCGUGACGCCCUCGGACUGCGCCGAGCUCGUAAGUGUCCCCGGCACUGGCAGGCGUAACCGGAGCCAUUCACCGCCCUCCCCAACUCUCACCGAGGGCCCGGACACUCCCUCCCACUCUGACAGCGAGGCCUCUUCAUCCUUCAGGCCCUCCUCCUCCUCUUCCUCCUCCUCUUCCAUAUCUUCUUCUUCUUCCACCUGUUCUGCCGUCUCCUACGCUAGCAGUAGUGACAAGGUGUUGGAUGGCAGUGAGAGUCAGUACUCAGGGAUGCAGAUUGGCACUCUGCAGGAAGAGGAAGACGAGGGAGUGGCUGGAGCUCCUGGUGAAGCUCUGGAGUCUUUCUCUGGGUCUGUGCUGGCACUGAGUAAGCCUCACCUGCUGGAGGGAAAAGGUCACAACAGACAAGCUUCCGACAGCAGCGUGGAUCGCUUUAUACCAAAGGAUGAGGUUCUGGAGCCUCCAGACCUCGAUAAUAAGCCGUCUAGGAUUAAAGGAGAGAUUGGCCACUAUACUGACCCAGCGGAGACACCCCUGAUCCACUGUGUCCGGCUGUUGUCUGCUUCCUUUCUGCUCACCGGCCACAGAAAUGGGCUGGUUCCUGAUAAAGAGGUGCGUGUGAGCGUGAAGGCCUUAGCUGUUAGUUGUGUAGGAGCAGCGGCAGCUCAUCUCCCUGAAGCUUUUUUUAAUAAACUCUACCUGGAGCCUCUAGACGGACAACAGCCAGAUGAGCAACAGUACAUCAGAGACGUCCUGCACUACAUCGAGCACGGGGACCCUCAGAUCAGAGGAGCUACAGCCAUACUCUGUGGAGCUUUGAUCCAGGCCAUUCUGCUCAAGACUCGCUUCAGCAUCGAGCCGUGGCUCUCCAGCAUCCACAGCAUGACUGGAAACCCUUUGUCUCUGGAGGACUUUGUGCCCUUGCUGCAGCGUAGUCUGAAGGAUGAGUCCUCUGUGACAUGCAAGAUGGCCUGCUCAGCUGUGAGGCAUUGUAUCAUGGCUCUGUGCAGCAGCAGCCUCAGUGAAUUGGGUCUGCAGCUCAUUAUCAACCUCCUAACCCUGAAGGAUUGCUCCUACUGGCUGGUCCGUACUGAGCUUUUGGAAACCCUGGCUGAGGUGGACUUUCGGCUAGUCUGUUUUCUGGAGGGGAAAACUGAGAAGCUGCACAAAGGAGAACAUCACUACACUAAGUUGUUGCGUCUGCAGGACAGAGUAAUACAUGAUGUAGUGCUUUACCUGUUGGGAGAUGAUGACCCGCGAGUUCGACAUGUUGCCGCUUCUACCAUUAGCAGACUCGUGUCCAGGUUGUUUUAUGCCUGUGACCAGGCUCAGGCUGAUCCAGUGGUGGCUAUCGCUCGGGACCAGAGCAGUGUGUACUUGCAGCUUCUAAUGCAUGAGACCCAGCCUCCCUCCCAGUUUACUGUCAGCACAAUCACGAGGACAUAUCGAGGUUACAAUCUGUCACAGAGUGUGUCGGACAUUACUGUGGAGAACAACCUGUCUCGGGUCAUCACUACGAUUUCUCAUGCUCUUACCUCUUCCACUUCCAAAGCUCUGACUUUUGGUUGCUGUGAGGCCCUGUGUCUACUGUCCUCCACUUUCCCAGUGUGCACCUGGAGCACAGGAUGGCACUGUGGCUUUGUCAGCUCCCCAGUAUUCCACUCCAACCGCUCCAGCCAGUACCGCGGUCGUGGACGGUCUUUUAGUCUGUCUCAGUCCCAGUCUGGCAGCAGUGAGGAAAGCCGCAGGACACUGACUGUGGGCGUGACCAGCAUGGUGCUGUCGCUGCUCUCUUCGGCCUGGUUCCCACUGGACCUUUCUGCCCAUCAGGACGCCUUGAUACUGUCUGGAAACCUACUUGCUGCUGCUGCUCCAAAGUGCAUGAAGAGUCCUUGGUCUGGUGACGAGGAGUCCAGCUCAGCUCCAUCUAAACAGGAGGAGCCCUGGCCUGCACUCAGUGAUCGCUGCUUGGUCGCUAUGGUGGAACAGCUGUUUUCUCACCUACUGAAGAUUCUCAACAUCUGUGCACAUGUGCUGGAUGACACUUCCCCGGGUCCUGCUGUCAAAGCUUCUUUGCCCUCUUUGGCCAACACACCAUCUUUGAGUCCAAUCAGGCGGAAGGGCAAAGAGAAGGAAGCCUCUGAACCCAGCACCACACCCAUGAGCCCAAAGAAAGGAGGAGAGACCAAUACAGGCAGACAAGCAGACAGCACGGGCACUGCUCCAGUGAACAAGUCCACCUCAAUGGGCAGCUUCUACCAUCUGCCUCCGUACCUGAAGCUGUAUGAUGUGCUUAAAGCCACUCAUGCCAACUAUAAAGUCACACUGGACCUUCACAACAGCAAUGAAAAGUUUGGUGGCUUCCUGCGUUCAGCCCUUGAUGUUCUAUGUCAGCUGCUGGAGCUGGCCACUCUGCACGACAUUGGCAAAUGUGUGGAGGAAAUCCUGGGCUACCUUAAGUCCUGUUUUUCACGGGAACCCACACUGUCCACAGUGUGUGUCCAACAGCUGCUGAAGACCCUAUUUGGGACCAACCUGGCCUCCCAAUAUGAUGGAACCAGCUCCCAUCAGUGUCGGUCUCAGGGUAAGGCCCUACGCCUGGGUUCCUCCAGCCUGAGACCAGGUCUCUACCACUACUGCUUCAUGGCACCUUACACACACUUUACACAGGCUCUCGCAGAUGCCAGUUUAAGGAACAUGGUGCAAGCUGAACAAGAGCAAGAUGCUUCAGGGUGGUUUGAUGUAAUGCAGAAAGUGUCCAAUCAGCUGAGGUCAAGUAUUACCAAUGUAACACGCCAUCGAGGAGACAAGAAUGCUAUCCACAACCACAUCCGUCUGUUCGAGCCUCUGGUGAUUAAAGCACUGAAGCAGUACACCACCAGCACCUCUGUGGCCCUUCAGAGGCAAGUGCUGGACCUGCUCGCCCAGCUGGUUCAGCUCCGAGUCAACUACUGCUUGCUUGAUUCAGACCAGGUCUUCAUUGGCUUUGUGCUGAAACAGUUUGAGUACAUUGAGGUGGGGCAGUUCAGGGAUUCCAAGGCAAUCAUUCCCAAUAUUUUCUUCUUCCUGGUUCUGUUGUCGUACGAGCGGUAUCACUCCAAACAGAUCAUCAGCAUUCCAAAGAUUAUUCAGCUCUGUGACGGCAUCAUGGCUAGUGGCAGAAAAGCAGUUACCCAUGCAAUACCUGCACUACAGCCUAUCGUGCAUGAUCUUUUUGUGCUUCGGGGCUCCAAUAAGGCUGAUGCAGGCAAAGAGCUGGAGACCCAGAAAGAGGUGGUGGUGUCUAUGCUCCUGCGACUUAUACAGCAUCACCAGGUCUUGGAGAUGUUUAUCCUGGUGCUGCAGCAGUGUCACAAAGAGAAUGAAGAUAAAUGGAAGAGGCUUUCACGACAGAUUGCUGAUAUCAUUUUGCCCAUGAUUGGGAAACAGCAGAUGCACCUGGAUUCCCCUGAAGCAUUGGGAGUACUGAACACACUGUUUGAGACUGUAGCUCCAUCUUCCCUGAGACCAGUGGACAUGCUGCUGAAGAGCAUGUUUGUCACGCCUUCUACAAUGGCAUCUGUUGGCACAGUUCAGCUGUGGGUCUCUGGGAUUCUGGCGAUUCUUCGCGUGCUGAUUUCACAGUCUACAGAGGACAUCAUUCUGUCCCGUGUUCAGGAGCUCUCUCUGUCUCCAUACCUUCUGUCCUGCUCCACCAUCCGCCAACUUCACAGUGAUGAUCCCACAACCUCUCCUGCCCCUCCCAGUGCUGCGUUAGAGACUAGUGGAGAACCACAGUGCUUCCCACCAGAAGAGACAUUUGCCAGGUUCCUCUUGCAGUUGGUUGGAGUGUUGUUGGAUGAUAUCUCUAGUAAGCAGGUGAAAGUUGAUAUGACUGAACAGCAGCACACUUUCUACUGCCAGCAGUUAGGCACUCUCCUCAUGUGUCUCAUCCACAUCUUCAAAUCAGGAAUGUUCCGCCGCAUCACGGCUGCAGGCAGCCGUCUGCUGAAGGCGGAGGGGGGUGAGGGGAAUAGUUUCUACCCUCUGGAGGGGCUUAACGGCCUGGUGCUGCAGCUCAUUACCACACACCCCUCCCUGGUGCUGCUCUGGUGCCAGGUGUUACUCAUAAUCAACUACACGAACUACACAUGGUGGUCUGAAGUGCACCAAACACCCAGGAGGCACAGCCUGUCUAGCACCAAGCUGCUUAGUCCUCACUCAUCUGGAGAGGGAGAGAUGGAGAGGCCGGAGGGGAAGCUGGCCAUGUGCAACAGAGAGAUUGUUCGCAGAGGAGCACUCAUCCUUUUCUGUGACUAUGUGUGUCAGAACCUUCAUGAUUCAGAGCAUCUGACCUGGUUGACAGUGAAUCAUGUGAGAGAUCUGAUCAGUCUGUCCCAUGAGCCGCCGGUGCAAGACUUCAUUAGUGCAGUGCACCGCAACUCUGCGGCCAGCGGGCUUUUCAUCCAGGCCAUCCAGUCCCGCUGUGACAAUCUCACGACACCGGUGAUGCUGAAGAAGACUCUUCAGUGUCUGGAGGGGAUUCACUUGAGUCAGUCUGGAGCGCUCCUAAUGCUUUACGUGGACAAGUUGCUGAACACACCCUUCCGUGUGCUGGCUCGCAUGGUGGACACGCUAGCUUGUAGGCGUGUGGAGAUGCUGCUCGCUGAGACUUUACAGAAUAGUAUAGCUCAGCUUCCAGUGGAGGAGCUGGACAGGAUCCAAGAGUACCUCCAGACGAGUGGCCUAGCUCAGAGGCAUCAGAGGUUCUACUCCCUGCUGGACAGGUUCCGAAUCACUGUUGCUGAAGAAACCACAAGCCCCUCUCCUCCCAUUACCUCACACCCACUGGAUGGGGACCCACCCCCACCCCCUGAGAGUGUUGUAGCCAGUAAGGAGUGGUACGCUGCUCUGGUGAAAUCCCAGUGUUGUUUGAGAGGUGAAGGAGCUCUAUAUGAGACCACAGACCUGCUAACCAAACUACCCCAGGCUGACCUAAAUGCCAUCAUGUCCUGCAAGGACUUUAACCCGUGUCUGUUGGCUCCAUGUUUGAGUGUUGGCCUGCAGAGACUGCGCAGAGAUCAAGGGGCAGUUCUUUUUGAGACCUCCCUCCAUGUGAUCUUUGAAGAGUUGACUAGCAUCACAGCUCUCCUCCCCUCCCCUCAUCAGCCUCUUCUACACUCCUCCCAACCCAGUAUAGACUCCUCCUACUGGAAUGCACUCAGCAGUGUAUAUGGAGAGCCUGGGUUUUAUCAGACAGUGCUGAGUGUGUGUGCAGCAUUGAGUCAGUACCUGCUGGCUCUGCCAAAACUGCCCACUGCUCUGCAGAUUCCUCCUGCUGCAGAGCACCUCAUCACCUCCUUCAGCACCAUCGCCAUAGAGCUUGUGGCAUGGCGUUUGCUGCAGGACCGGCUACCUCUCAGUGUGGAUGUGCAGAUCAGUCUGUCCUGCCUCUGUCUGGCCCUACAGCAGCCCGCAGUCUGGACACACUUUGCCUCUCGUGCCUACCUCACUCACACCUGCUCCAUUAUCCACUGCAUCCAGCUGCUCAUUUACUCAGUCGCUGUUGGUCCUGGUGACCAACUUGUGAAGCCAGAGAAGAAAUCACACUCAGACUCUGAGGAGGACCAGGUGGACUCCGCACCAGACAAUGUGUGUGAGCAGCAGUGUUGUGAGAUCAUGGCUGAGCUGGUGGAAAGCCUGCAGAGUGUUCUUUCUCUUGGUCACCAUAGAAACAGCAAUAUCCCAGCAUUCCUCACUCCAACCCUUCGUAAUGUCAUAAUCAGCCUGGCCAGACUCCCUCUGGUCAACAGCUAUACACGUAUCCCACCACUGGUCUGGAAGUUGGGCUGGUCCCCCAGACGUGGUGGGGAGUUUGGGACAUCACUACCUGAGAUUCCUGUUGAGUUCCUCCAGGAGAAAGAUGUCUUCAGAGAAUUCCUCUACCGCAUCAACACGUUAGGUUGGAGCAGUAGGACCCAGUUUGAGGAGACGUGGGCCACUCUAUUGGGGGUGCUGGUCACCCAGCCAAUAACUAUGGACCAAGAGGAGGAGACCCAGCAAGAGCAGGAGGAUCUUGAGAGGACUCAGAUAAACGUUCUGGCCGUACAGGCAAUCACCUCUCUGGUGCUGAGCGCCAUGACUUUGCCUGCAGCCGGGAACCCUGCAGUCAGCUGCCCGGAGCAGCAGCCACGCAACAAGAGCCUCAAAGCUCUCGACACCAGAUUCGGGCGAAAGCUGAGUGUGAUCAGAGGUGUGGUGGAGAGAGAGAUUCAGGCCAUGGUGUCCAAAAGAGACAACAUAGCCACACAUUUUCCCUACCAAGCUUGGGACCCAGUACCGUCUCUGUCCUCUUCGUCUGCAGGCACUCUAAUCAGCCAUGAGAAGCUCCUCCUGCAGAUCAACACAGAAAGAGAAAUGGGCAACAUGGACUAUAAACUAGGCCAGGUGUCCAUUCACUCUGUGUGGUUGGGAAACAACAUCACUCCUCUGAGGGAGGAAGAAUGGGGUGAGGAUGAGGAAGAUGAAACAGAUGCUCCAGCACCAACCUCUCCACCAACAUCCCCCAUUAACUCUAGGAAACACCGAGCUGGAGUAGACAUCCAUUCCUGCUCCCAGUUCCUCCUGGAGCUCUAUAGCCAGUGGAUCCUCCCUGGCAGUCCUAGCAAUAGAAAAACUCCAGUGGUGCUGAUCAGUGAGGUGGUGCGAUCGAUGUUGGCCGUGUCGGAUCUGUUUACGGAGAGGAAUCAGUUCGAUAUGAUGUUCUCCACUCUGAUGGAACUACAGAAGGUCCACCCACCAGAGGAUGAGAUUCUCAACCAGUACCUUGUACCUGCUAUCUGCAAAGCAGCUGCUGUGCUGGGCAUGGAUAAAGUGACAGCAGAGCCUGUGUGUCGGCUGCUGGAGACGACGCUCCGGAGCACUCAUUUACCCAGUCGAAUAGGAGCACUGCAUGGAGUUCUGUAUGUGCUGGAGUGUGAUCUACUGGAUGACACUGCACGCCAACUCAUACCAGCCGUCAGUGAAUAUGUGCUGUCUAAUCUUCGGGCCAUUGCCCACUGUGUGAACCUGCAUAAUCAGCAGCAUGUCUUGGUGAUGUGUGCUGUGGCGUUCUACAUGAUGGAGAACUACCCACUGGACGUAGGGUCAGAGUUCAAUGCAGGGGUCAUUCAGCUGUGUGGUGUGAUGCUCUCUGCCAGUGAGGAGGCCACUCCAUCAGUGAUCUACCACUGUGCACUGCGUGGUCUGGAGCGGCUGCUUCUGUCUGAGCAGCUGUCCCGCGUGGACGCCGAGGCGCUGGUGAAGCUGAGCGUGGAGCGCGUGAACAUGCCAAGCCCUCACCGCGCCAUGGCCGCCCUGGGUCUCAUGCUCACCUGCAUGUACACAGGUGUGCCUGAAGAGGAAGGAAAGGAGAAAGGAAGUCCAGGUCGUCCAGGUGACACAGAUCCUGCGGCUCCUGACAGCGAGUCGGUUAUUGUUGCCAUGGAACGUGUUUCAGUUCUCUUUGACAGGAUCCGUAAAGGUUUUCCAUGCGAGGCUCGGGUGGUCUCUCGCAUCCUUCCACAGUUCCUGGAUGACUUUUUCCCACCACAGGAUGUCAUGAACAAAGUCAUUGGAGAGUUCCUGUCAAAUCAGCAGCCUUACCCGCAGUUCAUGGCUACAGUGGUUUAUAAGGUGUUCCAGACACUUCAUGCUACUGGCCAGUCCUCCAUGGUGCGAGACUGGGUUCUACUCUCCCUUUCCAACUUCACACAGAGAACACCGGUUGCCAUGGCAAUGUGGAGCUUGUCCUGCUUCUUCGUUAGUGCCUCCACCAGCCAGUGGAUCUCUGCACUCCUCCCUCACGUGAUCAGUCGCAUGGGCAAGUCCGACACUGUGGACGUUAGCCUGUUCUGCCUGGUAGCCAUGGACUUCUACCGGCAUCAGAUCGAUGAGGAGUUGGAUCGGAGGUCCUUCCAGUCUGUGUUUGAGAUGGUGGCAUCACCUGGUAGCCCUUACCACCAGCUGCUCUGCUGCCUGCAGAGCAUCCACCAGGACACGUCACUCUGAGACACAACCUAAUACUGUAAUUCUACCAAGACCAACACGACGAGACACUAGGUUAGAUCUCAAUGAGACACAGAAUAAUAGUUCAGCCAUGGUGAUCACUUCAGACUGACCAUAAUACAGAGCUCAUACAGGUCACAGUACUCUUAAAGGCCCUGUUUUGAGAUGGGACGUUAUUGUACCAGGAGUUGGAUAUGGGAGCCUAAACAGUUUCAGUGGUUGAGGGGGAUUUCAUACAGUCCUUAUGUCCAUACUUUAGAUUAUAUAUAAUAUUACUUGAAGAAAACUGGAAACGCCAGCUUUAGAAACUGCUACCAGGGCACAUCACUUAACCUCCAGAUUUAGAGCUCCUUACUUUUAACAUUCUCACUUGAUUAAUUAUCCCACAACAGAAUAAAUAAAACAAGUCAGCAAACAGAUGGACCGCCCCACCAAACAUUGUCAUAUCUACAGUACUAGUAAACAUAUUUUGUGAAAGUGGUUUACUGUUUAAAAUGUUUACUGUUCCACUCGGAACGAGGGCACGUGUGCACGCAGGUUGGAUGUAUGUGGCUUUCAACCUUCUCCCUGUAAACCUGCCUCUUUCCCUUCUCCCCAGAAUCAAAAGACUUUUCCCUUCCUGCUCCUAAAUCAUUCCUUUUGCACAAACAAUGCAUUAGUUUGCCCUGUCUGAUUUUUUUUUUUAAGCACUUGGGGGAUAUUGGAGACAUUUAAAUAAGAACUAUAUAAUAAUGUAAGUGUAAUUCUCCCUUGUCUCCUGUCUGAAGGAGCUGCUUAAGCCAUGCUGAAAAUGAAAUGAAAUUAUUUCCAUGUAUUUAAAAUAAUAUAAAAUGUGCUAGAUGAUUGUUUGUUGUAUUGGUGCAGAUGAUUUGGCUGGUUUGGCUGGCACAAAGUUUACUAUUUUCCAGUCUUUUUUGUAGUUUUUAUGUUGAAUUAUUAUUAUUUUAAAAAAUUAUAAAUAUAAGAUAGUAGCUCCUCAGUUCUAAGAAAUUAUGUUAAACCCUUCAAGAAAAAAUUGAAAUAGCCAUAGUACUCGUUAUUUUUUUUUUUUUUUAGACUGUAUAGUGAAAUAUCAAAAUUGGUACAUCAAAACCAAAAAGUUUUUAUAUGUACUGGUACAGCUACACGUUCUUGACACAUUCUUUGUCAAUUUGAUUACUGAUCACUAUUUGAUUAAUUUGUUUUAUUGCUCAGAAUGUGACGUGAUUAUUGAUGUGGUGUCACAACAUGGAACAUUUUUUUUUUUUUUUUGUCUUUUGUUCAUUGUUGAGUUUUGACUCGUUUGAAAUCAUGUUAAAGAAAAGGAAAUCAUAUGUGUUAAACUGGUCAACGCUAAACUGCUGUGGUGCACGAGGCAACUAAAGGAAAAAAAAUAAGAUAAGAGCGAGCUAGACCACAGAUAUACUGAAUGUGUGCGAUCAACUACUGCUGCCCGUCUGUGAAAUAAUAUACAGAUAUACACACAAUGUGUGUAAGCCACUAAAGCCCUGAAUUAGUCUAAAUCUCAAUCUGACCAACUGACAGCUAACAGUUCUGCUUUAUUCACUCUUCAGAGGCCUGGAAUGAACAACCACGCUGUGUUUGCUUUGAUGGCAGAGCAGAGGCGGCGUCACUUCACUGUAAAUAGAAGCCUUAUAUAGAAGUCAACAACCUGGCAGCAUCCUGUAUAUUUAGCCUGCUGCAUGCCGUUGUCUGCUUUCAAUAUUAAAUCGAUAUUUUUCAUGUGAUGAUUAUGAUGUUCAAAUACAGUGGAGUUAAUGGGGCCCACCUUUUUAUCGGUCGGCAGUUUGAAGUGUCUGAAGUACAGGCUGUGUAAUAAUGAACUCGGAACAAAUCUGAUAAAUCUGACUGACUGAGAAUGGCAGGUUGUGUUUUUUUUAGGUACCCCUGGCAUGUUUCUCUCUAUCUCUCUAUCAUGGCAACAACAAAGUUUGUCGGUCUUGUUCCAUUACAGUCAUAGCUUUAGGUCUGUUGAAUAUGAACUAACUAAAUAUCCAGUGCUGUCUGCGUUGUUUUAGUGGUAUAAUGACUCAGAGCUAUCCAGCCUUUGACAUUUUCACAGUUGAAGUGUACCCUUGUAUAGAAACACACACACACACACUCGCUCAGUGUUUUCUUCUUCCACACACAGAGGUUUCUUAACUGUAACCAAGGACUUUUGGCCUGAGUGCCGCUCCAGAUUCUGCAUUGACACAAUAAACUUUUAACUCCUGUGUCGUUUGGUAGCUGCUUUUAAGACCAUCUGUUGUUCAGAAACUCGAGGGACUGAAUAAAACUCAAGCGAGGCAAAGCUGGAACCACAGACAAUAAGCAGCUUGCCUUUAUCUAUGGGUUAAAAUCAGUACUUUGUCGUGUAUUGGCAAGAACUUGGUGAUACGUAUCAUAAUGUAAUAUGUUGCAAUAUAUUGCAAGACUGUAAGAUGAGAUAUUGCGAUUGUUUAAAUAAAAUUUUAGGGGGAAAAAACACACCAUCAUAUUUAUAAAAUUAAGUAAAAAUAAAGUUUACUAUUUAUCCAAUCAGAUGUACAGUACAACUCUGCCCUCUAGUGGUCGAGUUUUAAACACAACACAAAAUGAACCACUGACAUAAAUCUUUACAUGUGCACAGGAUUGCAAAAUAUUGCAAAUUUCUUUCAUUUGCAAAAAAAAAACAAAAGGUUCCAUGAAAUUUCAAGAAUUAAUGAGUAACUCUUGUAUAAGUGCAAUGUUAGGCUGACGCUUCCUUUUCACCAUUCACAAAAAUUCUAAAUUUUUGUGAUUUUCUCAAAACAAAAAAGGAUAUGCUUUUUGUCCACAGUUUUCCUUUCCCUUUCUCCACCCCCUACCUGUAUCCUCCUCCAUCACCAAAACCUUUUCCAAAGCUUACGUUUGCCAUGUAAUUCCAUCAUAACUAGAGAUCUAGAGUCAGUCAGUCAGUGUAGGGAAGACAGUUGGAAAAAUAACCAAUGACUGAUGCACUAAGAUCUAUCAGUGUGUCCGGGUCUGGGUGGGCAGGUUGGUGGGCGUGUAAGUAAAUUGUGUGUACUCAGUUCUAAACUGCAGUGAGGGAAGCUGUGAGAGUCUCGCACUGGAGCCUCCCGAACGACAGUUGUUUCUGUGUUAUAAGUAUUCCAACUCACUUCUUCAAGCUCAACGCAGUCGAUUAAAGACAAAGUCGAUGUAUUUAAUGUAAUGGCUUAUUUUAAUAUAAAAUGAACUGGAAAGAUUAUAAUGUAGUAAAAAAAUAAAGAAUAAAAUGUUUAAAAAAUC